UCGACACUGUUCUGGCUGGCAUCUCCAUUACGGCGGCAGUCCUUUGAUUACCAACACUCUUCUUGUGAGUGAAGGGGACCUCUGGAAUCUGCAAUGCAUCUCUGCAGUACAUCUAUCUUGAUAGCAUGGUGGCUUGUUUUGUGAAAAAAGAUCCUUCGAUGACUGCUUCCGAUCCGCAGUGCGUUCCUCUAGCUAGACGCAGACUUGCCUGCCCGACAUGGUCGACCCGCAAACUCCGUGGUUGGCGUAACCGCCCUAGCUAGCCAACUCGGUCGUUGGCGAUUCGAUUCCAACCCAACCAACUUCGUGGUUGUUGACAAACCUCAGUCACCACAUACCGGUGCAUGUUGAGAUGGAUGGAAAGAAAUAGCCUGCCAAAAUGAGACUCAAAGCGUUUAGGAGAGACCAAACCAGAAAAAAUGAUAUCAAGACGAAUAUGAUCCGACAAUGCCUAGUCCUUCCGCAAAGGUUGGUGGCCGUUGUUAUGGUGGUGUACCUUUCGGAUGUUUGGUGGACACACACUCGUCUGAUGGCUUCAGGCGAUCAUUAUCGGCUUGCUGACAAUAUCACUACGCCCAUGAUGAGUCAAAGUACUCCAGUCCAUCUUUUACCCGCAAAAUCAACACAAGAAGAUGAUAGGAAUGAUCACACCAUAGUCCCCCCGUCGAAUGCUGACUUUCCCUUGGAACCAAUUCCCCGUCCUCCCUUGGAGUCGAUCGUCCAGGGUUGGAACAUUACAGGAGACGCCUCGUGGCUGUUGAAUGUGGCCAUUAUUGGGUUUCCCAAAACGGGCACUACCACAUUGAUGAAGUAUCUGCACAAGAGUCGCCAAGUGCAUAUCUUUGACGAAGAGCGCUGUGAAAUGACAUACAAUCAUCAUGCACGUCUCACAGAGAGUUUGUACAGGGAUAUUCCUCCGGGUCGUACGAUACGAGGGAUCAAGUGCCCAAGAGAUGUGGAAUCCAAAUGGGCACGCCAAAAUUAUCAAACCUUUUUUCCAAAGACCGACUUUAUGGUGGGUCUACGACAUCCCGUACUCUGGUUUGAGUCCUUUUACAAUUUCAAAGUUGACAUUGGCCGCCCCAUGAAGCCGGCUGAAACCCUCACCGGAAGAUGUUACCGACAGCAUCAAGGAGUGUGUACCUUUCGAGGCAAUUUUCACUUGUUCCUCGCCAAUCUGGGAAAAACCAAUAUACUCUCCAAUCCAGCAGAAAUGGCAUUGAUUCCACGCGAAUAUCACAAAAAUGUUCAACCCAUUCCCUUGCAAGGACGCAUCUUUUUGUGGGAGGUUUCACAACUCCAAACGGAUCAAGAAUUGCUCCGAAACAACAACAACCAUUCAUCCGUAUUCUUACAGCAACAAUACAAACACAGCAAUCUCCAAUUCCGACAAGACUUGCAACAAUUUCUACGAUUGGACGAUCCACUUCCCGAAAUGAUCAAAAUCAAACCUGGAAAACAGCAUCCCAACAACCAAAUAGCCCAACGAGUGUCGGCAAACAAGAUUGAUAUUUGCCAACCACGAUAUGAAGAGCUUCGUGAGAUUCUCAUGAGACAGAGCAAACUGGCGGCCACAUGGAUUCGAGAGUACUUUUUGGAUGCGCCGGGAGUGUACGUGUCGCAAAAGGAGCACUUUUCUCAAGUGAUUUUGAAACGAUGGGAACAGGAUCCUUGUGAUUUCCGGAACACAACACUACUACUAGCUACUUAGAAGUCCAUCUCCAGAUUCCAAACAGCCAGCGAUCAGAUUGGAAAAUGGUUUAUGUUCAGGUCAUCUGCACUAAAUAUACACGGUAUUAUCUGAACUGGGCAAUCGAUAUGGCAAAAGUACAGCAACAAUAAAUGCGCAGUCACAGAAGGUAAACGGCAGGUUGCUUUUGUCCUGGCAACCAGAGAGCAGCCCACUUUUUGACACAUUUUAGGCUGGUACCGGUGCUACUCUCGUUUUCAUCUUGGUCGUGAGCGGCUCCGAGGUGAUCUCCCCAAUCUCGCACUCGAUUUGAAGGUUGUAGGGAGCUCCCUUGCAUCUGUUGUCCGAUGGUAGCAGCGGCCCGGGGUGAUUCAUGUCUUGAUCUGGUCUGGCACAUGCAGUCAACGACCAUGUCAUUGGAAUGACUUUCAACCUUGAUGUCGGAACAACGCAAGGCCAGUGGAUACGGGUACGCAGUGCGGUACCUGGUACCGGUACUAUUAUUACCGGUAGUACAAGUAUUGGCCUCUGCUUGCCAGCUGGUGUUACAUAGCUCUACUGGUUUCAACUGGCCUUGUCGUAGUGGAAAAGAUAAAUGAGCUGGCAUAAUGGGAUUCCUCGAUUCCUCAGUCUGGCUGGCGAAUUGUGUCUUGAUUCAAGGUUAGAUUUAACGAAGUUAUCUGAACAAUGAACAAUAUAAGGUUAAAGGUGUUGAAGAAACGUCAUUAGUGAAC